AUACAUACACACACAUAUAUAUAAAUCAAACGAGAGAGUGAGUCAGGGGAAGAGCAUAUAUCUGUAUAUAUAAAAAAUAUAUAUACAGAAGAAUGAGGAAAGAAGAGAAGCACGAGGAUGAUGAGGAUGUGGCAUCAUUGGAGAAGGCGUUUGAGGAGACGGCAGUACCUUCUUGGCAGAACCAGAUAACCAUUAGAGCAAUGGUGACUAGCGUUCUAUUGAGCGCUGUGUUUAAUGUGAUUGUUUGUAAACUCAAUCUCUCAACCGGUGUUAUCCCCUCUUUAAAUGUCGCUGCGGGGCUUCUAGGAUUCGCCAUGGUUAAGGGUUAUACAGUUUUGAUCCAAAAAUGUGGUUAUUUGAAGCAACCUUUUACCAGACAAGAGAAUACCGUCAUUCAGACUUGUGUUGUUGCCUCUUCUGGCAUUGCUUUUAGCAGUAUGUUCCAUUCGAUGAAUAUUCAUAUAUUCAUACAUGGUCAUACAAUAUUUUUAUAG